AACAUCCCAGACUCAGGACACAAGUAUUACCUGCAGUUCACUACCGAGGACUACAAAACCGGGGAAAACGCCGGGAGCUGCCUGGCUACAGUGUUGUACCCCAGGACAAAGUCUCCGCCGGUCGUCAAUAUCAAGUGCACACGUACCAAAGACCAGAAGCAAACCCAAGAAGAGGACAACAGACUUUACCAAAACAUUAGGCACCAAACCAAACCAAUAAUUGGAAACAAUAUUCCAGACAGUUAUGGAAAUAUUGAACCUGCCUUGGAGCCAGUGUGGGCUCUGGCUGUCGCUGGCAGCAGUUCUAUAAUGUGGGAAAAGUCAACAGAGAACUUGGGUUACUUCAUGGCACAAGUCAAGUCUGUGAAGCAGUGGAUAAGGAAAGAUGAUUUUAUUGAGUUUGACUACACUGUCCUGCUCCAUGAAAUUCCAUCCCAGGACAUUAUUCCGUGUCACAUGCGUCUCACUUGGCUUCCUGGUCGGCCUCUGAAAGUAAAAUACUUCUGUGCUUCAGAGAAUGAGGGGUUGGAAGAUGGAUCUGGGCUGGAAUCUGGAUCAGCUGCUGAGAUUUCACAUGAAAGGGGAGCAAACUUUUAA